AUGAACAUCUUCCACAUCUUCUCGAUCCUUCUAGUGAUUCUUGUGGCUUUGAUAACAGAAAAUUCUGCCAGUACCCUUCGGGACAUGUUCAACAAAAACAUCCAAAAACGACACGAAACCACCGGAGGAAUGCAAACGGCCUACUCGAAGCUUCUGCCCCCACAUGUUGCUGAAAUGUUCCUCAGAAAGCAUUUCUAG